AUGCCCUCGCUACAAUGGCGCGAAGAACAUGAGCUGGACUCAUUGGACACCACGACUGGAGCAAGCAGUGGAGAGAUGGGAUCAGCUGGUGAAGAGACGAUGGAGCAGGGCCGUCUGCUAGACGAGGAGGAUGAUCAUGAUGCCGGACAUGAGAUCGAUGCACAAAAGGAUCAAGAAUACGAGGAGCGUCUAAACAGGCAGACUGUCCGCAAACUCGACUUCAUCCUACUCCCCUUCCUCGCCCUGCUCUUCCUCCUCAACAGCCUUGACAAGUCCAACAUUGGCAACGCCGAGACUGCAGGCUUCACUCACGACGCGAAUCUCUCUCCCGGCGACCUCAACGUCUCCCUCGCCUUCUUCUUCGCUUUCUUCGUUGCUCUCCAACCUGUGGGCGCGGCACUGGGACGCAAAUAUGGCAUGGCACGCUGGGUCCCCGCAUGUAUGAGCCUGUGGGGCUUGUGUACGAUCUUACACAUUUGGGUCCGGAGUCGGUGGCAAUUGAUCCUGCUUAGGGUGUUGAUCGCGUGUCUGGAGGCUGGGUUUUAUCCUACGACUGUGUCUUAUUUGAGUCUGUUCUAUACUCGGUUCGAAUUUGCGGUGAGGUUGGGCUUCUAUUAUGGGCAGACGGCUGUGGCGGGUGUAUUGGGUGGGGUGUUGAGUUGGGCGGUGUUUAGUCGCUUUGAGAGGCAUCAUCAGGGCCCACAGCUUCGUCAGGCGGAAGUCGACCAGGGGGGCUGGAAGUCAUGGGAGGUCUUGUUCGUGAUCGAGGGCUGCACGACUAUGGUGAUUGCUUUGCUCGGCUUCUUUUGGCUGCCGCAUAGCGCUGAUACUGCGUGGUUUUUUACGCCCUCCGAGAGAAUAUGGGCUGAGCAGCGCAUUCGGCUGGACCGAGACAAUGUCACGGCCGCGCAGAAGACUCGCGCAAGUACUGCCCUCCAUAAUAGUAUGCUGGAGGACAGCGAAGCUCAGGCCCAGGCCGGUGCCAAGGACGGCGAUGAGGAGGAUGCUGAUGCUGGACACGAGGCUCACCACCGCCUUCUUGGCGACGACACAAACACCGAACCUAUGCGAAGACGAAAGAUGUCUACCGUGUCGGCCAUUUCAGUGACAGCAGACACAGGUCUGAGUCGUUACGAUGUGCUUUCUGCCAUCUUCUCCUACAAAAUAUGGCACCUCCUAAUCUGCAACAUCCUCUCCGCCAUCCCAGCAACAGCCUUUGGUGUCUUCCUGCCACUAGUCAUCAAACAGCUCUCACCCACCCUCAAUCUUAGCCCAGCCGCCUCGAACCUCCUAGCCGCACCACCCUUCGCCUUCGGCGCCGUGGUACUCUUCGUCUUCACCUACUGGAGCGACAGGACUCACCAGCGCCUCAUACCCAUCUUCUGGGGUCUAGGACUACUCCUCAUCGGCUUGACCCUGACUGUUAUGACGCCCCGCUCAAAUUACAUCCUCCGCUAUAUAAGCCUCUGCAUCCUGCUUUCCGGCUCCUUCAUCGCCUCGCCCCUAACAGUAGCAUGGCUCACGAACAACACACCCGAACCCGGUAAACGAGCAAUCUUGCUCGGGGUUAAUGGCUGGGGUAAUCUAGCUGGCGUUUUCAGUGCUCUGCUCUUCCGACCUGGAGAUGAGGCGAACGGGUAUAUCAAGCCUUUCACAUGGACCCUGGUUUGUGUCAUGGCGAGUUUUGUGGGGUUCAUCGCUUUUUGGGUUCUGUUGGUCAGGGAGAAUAAGUUCAGGGAGGAUGUUUGUGCCUCCUGGAGUGAGCGGGAGAGGGCAAAGGAGGAGCUUUUCGGGGAUGUGGAGGUAAAGAGUGCCAGUGGUUUGUUGAAGAUGAUUGGUAUAGGUAAGCUGUUGGGGUGGCUAGGCUAUGAGGGUGGUAGAAGGGGUGAUGAGAAGAUGACAUUUAGAAUCAUUGCUGCUAAGUAG